GUUCAGCCGGCUCCUGAUCUGAUUCCUGAUCCCUGAUUCCCCGAUCCCCGAUCCCGCCAUGGGAGCCUGAAGAACCCCUCCUCCCCCCUCGACCCCCGCCCCCUGGGGCCCAGAGGGGGAAGAGGUUGCGGUCUGGGAUAGAGCUAGGGGGUGACCAGGACCAGGAGCCCCCCGCGACCCCCCUCCCUCACCCGCCCCCUCGCCAGCGCUGCCCGGGAGCGCGGAGUUCGCUCCGAGCGACCUGGAGCGCUGCGCUGCCAUACAAAGGCUCCGGCUGGGCCGGGGCGGAACUGAGCGGACCAGGGCAGCUCGGGAGCGGCGGGAGUGCCGCUUGGUUUUCUCUGAGACGAGCCCACCCGCCCAGCAAAAUAGAGUCCCUCAGGGUGACGGUUGACUUCCUGAAGGUGCCUCUUGGCCUGAAGAAGCCAGAGCUGAAGGAAGUGGCCUUGGGGCCCCCAAGGAGGCCCCAGCCCACGGCCCUGGAGCGCUACAAGGCAAGGCGCUCUGAGGCCAUGGACACCGAGUCCCAGUACUCCGGUUACUCCUACAAGUCCGGCCAUUCCCGAAGCUCUCGGAAGCACAGAGACCGGCGGGACAGACACCGCUCCAAGAGCAGGGAUGGAAGCCGAGGAGACAAAUCGGUGACGAUACAGGCCCCCGGGGAGCCCCUGCUGGACAACGAGUCAACCAGAGGGGAUGAGCGGGAUGAUAACUGGGGUGAGACAACGACGGUGGUGACGGGCACAUCGGAACACAGCAUCUCCCACGAUGACCUCACACGCAUUGCCAAGGACAUGGAGGACAGCGUCCCUCUGGACUGCUCCCGUCACCUGGGUGUUGUGGCUGGGGCCACCCUGGCGCUGCUCUCCUUCCUCACCCCGCUGGCCUUCCUUCUGUUGCCCCCGCUGCUGUGGCGGGAAGAGCUGGAGCCGUGUGGGGCGGCCUGCGAGGGACUCUUCAUCUCAGUGGCCUUCAAGCUGCUCAUUUUGCUGCUGGGCAGCUGGGCCCUGUUUUUCCGCCGGCCCAAGGCCUCGCUGCCCCGCGUCUUCGUGUUGCGCGCCUUGCUUAUGGUGCUCGUCUUUCUGCUCGUGGUCUCCUACUGGCUCUUCUACGGGGUUCGGAUUUUGGAGGCGAGGGAGCGCAGCUACCAGGGUGUGGUACAGUUUGCCGUUUCCCUGGUAGAUGCCCUGCUUUUCGUGCACUACCUUGCUGUGGUCCUGCUGGAGUUGCGCCAGCUGCAACCCCAGUUCACCCUCAAAGUUGUGCGCUCUACCGACGGGGCCAGUCGCUUCUACAAUGUUGGGCACCUCAGCAUCCAGCGUGUGGCAGUGUGGAUCCUGGAGAAGUAUUACCAUGAUUUCCCCGUCUACAACCCUGCCCUCCUCAACCUGCCCAAGUCCGUCCUGGCCAAGAAAGUGUCCGGCUUCAAGGUGUACUCCCUCGGAGAGGAGAACAGCACCAACAACUCCACUGGGCAGUCUCGGGCAGUGAUUGCAGCAGCAGCUCGGCGGCGGGACAACAGCCACAAUGAGUAUUACUAUGAGGAGGCGGAGCAUGAACGGAGGGUGCGCAAACGUAGGGCCAGACUGGUGGUAGCAGUGGAAGAGGCCUUCACACACAUCAAAAGGCUACAAGAAGAGGAGCAAAAGAACCCGAGGGAGGUGAUGGAUCCAAGAGAGGCAGCCCAAGCCAUUUUUGCCUCCAUGGCACGAGCCAUGCAGAAGUAUCUCCGCACUACCAAGCAGCAGCCCUACCACACCAUGGAGAGCAUCCUGCAGCACCUGGAGUUCUGUAUCACCCAUGACAUGACACCCAAGGCCUUUCUGGAGCGGUACCUGGCAGCUGGCCCCACCAUCCAGUACCACAAGGAACGCUGGCUGGCUAAACAGUGGACACUGGUGAGCGAGGAGCCAGUGACCAACGGGCUCAAAGAUGGCAUUGUCUUCCUCCUCAAACGCCAGGACUUCAGCCUGGUGGUCAGCACCAAGAAGGUUCCAUUCUUCAAGCUGUCUGAGGAGUUUGUGGACCCUAAAUCACACAAGUUUGUCAUGAGGUUGCAGUCUGAGACCUCUGUGUAACUGCAGCAGAAGGGGGUCAGGUGGGGGUGGGGUGGGGUGGGGGUGGGGCUAUGGGAGGCUCCUGGGGACAGUGAGAGGGGGCUUGAAGCCCAGGCCUCAGCCAGUCCUGCUUCCUUCCUUUCUGCCUCCAACUCUGUUUUUUACUUGAAUUACUAACUUACUCUCCAGUCCCACUCUAUCUGCUCCCUCUCUUCCUUUCCCCUCCCCAUGGGAAUGGGGAAAGCCCACCCUGAGGGUGGGGGCAGCAAGUAGGGAGAUACCUGUCCUGGUUUUCCCAUUCCUCCCCACCUCAAGCCCUGCAGGAAUAGGUUCCUCUCCUCUCUCCUCUCUUCUCCUUUCCCUUUCUCCAUGAGAGUCUCUGCUGAAAGGGGGCAUAGCCCUUCUGUCCCCUUCUCUUUCUUCUCCACCCCUCUCCCCCUUUCUCCAUCUAGGUUAUCGUAGCAGUUUCCUCCAGCAGCCUCCUGGAAGUGCUUCUCCCAAGGGGUGAAGUCAUGAUCCCAGCAAACCAUGGUGCCAAAUGAUCCCAGGUCAGGGCUAGUCCUCUCUGGCAUCCAGAGUGAGGUGAGGCUGUUCUUCCUGCCCAUCUCACUAGGCCUAUCUCAGGAACUCUGAGUUUUGGGGGCAACAGGACUCCUUGGUCUGUGGCCUUUUCAAUUCCUGCACAAGCCACCAGGGUUAGGAGUCUCCCACAGAGAUUUUUUUUUCUUGCUGCUGCUAUAGCCUCUUUCCUAUCUCCUGGUUAUGCUCUUUCUUUUAUAUUCCCUUCUCCCCUUGAGCUCCUGCACACACACACACACACACACACACACACACACACACAUAAACACUCUUCUGUCCCAGAAGGGAAGCUCAUGUCCCCUUACCCUUGUCAGGGAAAAUUCAAAUUUUUCUUUCUGUUUCCUGAUCUCUUCACUCAGAUGGGAUUGCAAGAACACUGGGGAAUGUGGUCCCUUUGACCACUUCCCUGGGGGCAUGGGAAACAUUCCUCCUCUCCUCUCCUCUCUGUCCUUCUCAUUUGCCUUUUUUUCCCUAACUCCCUCCCCUAACUCUUUGCUAUGGGGUGGAUUUUCUUCGUAGUAGGCCCGGAGGGAAAGGGAAAACCCAUGGGAAGCAUUGUGGUCCAAUGGAAAGAGAGUGGGAUUUGGAGCCAGAGGACCUGGAUUUGAAUCCCAGCUCUGUUACUCUCUCAGUUAUCUCAUCUAUAAAAUGACAGAGUUGGACCAGAAUGCAUCUCAUAGCUCUAAUAUCUCUGAUUCUGUGAUACACAGAGUUUUGGGAAAGACCCCUGUGAAAGUCAGUGAACCCAGUCCCUUCUGUUCUUUUUACCUUGGUAUAGGUCUUUCCAUUGUCAAACAGGUGAUGUGACUGAAAGGAAUAAGGUGCAGAGCAUCUCCUUUUUUCCUCUUAUGACAACCCCCUCAGGCAUUUCUUCCCUGGGCAGAAAUACUACUUCUAUAUGUCGGGGAGGGCCCCCAUUGCUCCUUCUCCCCCUUUUAAGUGAAGCUCUUUGCCUGAGAGACCUCAUCACUUCAGUGAUCUGGGGGCCCCAGAUUAUCUGAUCUCUGCACUGGGGUCAAGGAGCCUGAGCCCCUGCCAUCUGAUGUCACACAGUCCCUUGCCCCACCUCGGCUUCCAAAUGUUUCUGGCAAGCCUCAACACUUAAAGCAAAUGUGAGCAAAAUUCUCCUUCUUCCUAUUUUCUGUAUUUUCGAUGUAAAUUUGAGUCUGGGUACUUCCAAAUACUGGUCUUUUAGGCAAGGGGAAUGGUAAUUUGAGGCAUUAACACCUCCUGCCACUCCUAACUCCUAUCCUUCCAGUCACAUCCAAUCUGGAUAUCAGUGUAGCUCCAAUAGCUGGGAUGGGGUCCACACCCAGGUUAGUGUGCCAGGGGUCCCACAGUGCCCUCAUUUUGGUCCCUCUUCUUCCCUGCAUCAUUUAUUGCUUUCUCUUUGUGUGCAAUUGCCUGGGAAAUUCAGAGUGGGCACUCUCUGGUUCAUCCCCAUGGAGACCUUUUACCUUUUAAAUAGAUACCCUGAAGGUGACUGGGUUCCAAAGCCUGCUAACCUUGCGAGAGGAGGCAGAGCCUUAGCCACUUAUCCAACAGUCUUUCUGAUUAGUGCCAACCUUGGACUUGUACCUCGAACCCUUCCAUUCCCCUUUGGAAAUCUUCAGGGAGGUAUGUGGGUUCCCUCUCUCUAGGCACCAGUUAUACCUGGUGGUCGCAACUUUGACUUUUCCAGGAUUGCAAGUCUCUGGGUUAAGCCCCGGUAGUUUUGAGGCACAGCUAGAGGGUUGGGGUAUAGGCACUUUUCUGGGCUUGUUUCUUUUUCUGUCUACAAAAUUUAAUGUGAGGGGGUCUCUCCUGGUCAUAUGUCUAAAUCACUCUCUUUCCUAGAAAGGGGUCUUGGAUGGAUAGUGGGUUAACUGCCUUUGUGGAAGGAGUAUUGGGAGCAGGAUGGGACCUUUAGGUUGGAAGGGGGAAGAUAUUUGGCACCCUCAUUGCUUUCCUUGAUUAUGGGCAACGGAUGUUUCUUUUAAAGGACCUGCCAUGUUUUUAAUCACUGUGAUUUUUUCAUUCCUUUUUCUUUAAAAAAAAAAAAAGAACAAAAAACUAACAAAAAAAGCCACCCUAAUUUUUUUUCCUAUCUCUUAAGCACUAAGGGCUGUGAUUGAGAAUGGCAAUGUUUUGGACUCUCUGUGUCACAACUGUGGUAUCUUUUUGUUUUCUUUUUCUUUAAAAAAAAUCAGGAUGAAUUGUGAAGUGUACGUAUGUAUGUUUCUUGUCUAUCUCUCCUCUGUGGGAAGUAGUCUUGAGGCUGUGACCAGUAGUGGGAUGUGAAAUUAACACACUUUCUCUCUCUCUCUCUCUCUCUCUCUCUCUCUCUCUCUCUCUCACUCUCUCACUCUGUCUCUCUCUCACACUCACUGUCUUUCUCUCUCCUGUAAUUCCCUUUCUCUUCCUUCUUAUGGGGGCUUCUGUAGUCCUGCCAUCUGGGGAGGUACAGGGUAUGUCCUUCUUCUUCCAUUAUCUCCAUCUGAUCUUAUCCUACCCAUUAACUGUUCACUUUAGUUUUCUGGACAUGCCUAACCCAGCCUUCCCACCCUAGGGUCACUGUGCCUCGGUCCUUCACCUACCUCACCAUUCUGCCUCUGUCCUCAUUGACCCCUCUCCACUCAGCUAACUUCUAUGUCAUCUGCCUUCAUUUCCCCCUAUUUCUUUCUUAGAGUGUCACCUUCCUCCUUGUCACCCUUCAUCCUUGUCCUUAAAUUCUUAUCUGACAUCCCCAUUGGGACUCCUGGGCUGUCCCCUUUAUGUUAGAAGAGAUGAGGUGAAACAAAUGAACCCUUAGAGACCCUCAGCUGGGCCAUCUGUUUUUGCGGGCUUAUGCUUUCUUCUCUGUUGGGCCCACAUAGGUUCCCCCUGUCUGUAUGGUGUCUUGUCCGUCAGUUUGUCUUCUUUCUCUUUCCUGUGCCCACGCCCUAGGGCAGUAUCUGCUGAUGGAUUCAGUCCUGGUGUGGGACUGUCCCAUUGCGUUCUCCUAUGCGCAGAAGGGGGAGGCAGGGGGACUAACUAGGUCCCUUCCAAGUGAGAUUGUAAAUGUAGAAUUUUCCAUUCAAUUCUAGAAGUUUUUUUUACAGAGCUGAGACCUUGUGCAUGCAUGUAGAAAAUUGUAAAAUGUAAAAUUGUUUUUUUUAAUAUAUAAAAAAGCUUGUUUUUACAGUUUGCAGUGAAUUCUAAGCAUUAUGGCAAAUUUAGGGAUUUUUUUUUCUUAAAACAUAGGAACUAAAACUGUACAAAUUUUUUUUAUAUAAAAUAAACACAUUUGACUUUU